CUCUAAGAAAGAACCAAAACACCUUGGUGUACUUAUGAUGAGUGGUGAACUUAAUCUCCUAUUCAAGGGUGGUAAGGAUGAGCCUUGGCAGAAUAUAACCUCCACAAAGAACAAAAUUACUGAUCUCAAGAUGUACGCUAUGGCUGAUGAUAACACCGUGGAGCUACACAAAGGUCACUACUCCAUAACCUUGUUUAACGAAUUUUAUGGUUAUUUGUUCUAUGAAGGCGUUGGCUGUGUAAAGGUUACCCAUAAGGGUAAGACGAUUUGGGACCUGAGGGAGGAAGGUGACUUUGGUUGCCUGAAAGGAGUCUUCCUUGAUUUAAAAUCUAAUAAGUUUAAUGUCAUGAAUGAUGAUGAUAGGUGCUGGUUAUGUGAAGAGGUGAGGAAGGUAAAUCCUGUCACCCUCGACGUCAGCAGUAAAGCAAGUACUGACGACUUUGAUUUUACUGUUGAUCAUAACAGAAACAUUAAGAUCUAUACUUCCAAGGGUAACGCAAUGUUCUAUCAGGUGAUUAAGACGAGCAGCACCAAUUGCUGUGGGUCAAGAUCCGGUGAUUCAGAGGCUGUUAUCUGGGAAACCAAGGAUCCCCAAAACUAUGCAAGCAAGGUUUUUGCUGAUGGUGUAGGUGUGUGUAGCAGUACCAAAAACGUGAGCAUAUACCUGUUGAAUGGUGAAAUCUUGCAUUUUGGAGAGGGUUUUAAGGAUAAAGUAUGGAAGAAGUACUCUCACAAAAUUGCCCUUGAUGUCGGUAGGACCUCUAGUACCAUUGAGUUUGACUUUGUCCAUCAUGGUGAGACGAGGACUUUCACUGCAAAGCCUGGAUAUCAAUUCAACCUUAUUUUCCUCAAAGGAACAAAAACUUUAUUUACUACUUUUUGGAGAGCCAAAAACGAUGAGGAAUGUUCAACCAAGGUCACGGUCUAUGGUGUAGAAACAAAUGUUAAGAACAUUAACAUAUUCCUUAACAAUAAUCAGGUUAAGCACUUCCACGAGGUGAACAAGAAGUGGGUUUCAAAAACCAGCAUUGUUCUCGAUAUUGAGAGUAAUAAGGAUAAUGACCUAUUUGAGUAUAGAUCCACAAGACACUAUGGCCAUUUCAAUCCUAAGCCCAAUUUGACAAUCAGGAAGAUAGUAAAAUCAUACAAAUCGAAUGGUUGUGUUUCAACGUGUUGUGGUCGUACCUGUUGUGGUUCAAUAGAUGAGGUGGUGAUCUGGAAUGCCCAACCAGACGAUCACGGACUCAAGGCAGUAUUGAUGGGUUCUGGUAAGGGUGAGAAAUUUAUGUCCAUUCUGCUGCAGAGUCGUAACUUCGUACUUCUUAGGAAGUGUGGUAAAGGUGAAUGCUGGGAAGACAUCACUCAUGAAAAGAGUGAUUUCUCUGGUAUCAAGAUGUACUCUCUUGAAGAAGGUACAUCCAACUAUCAUGAGCUCACUGAGACUGAUUAUGAUGCAAUAAUAUUCGAGUCUAGAUAUGGCUAUGAGUUUAAAGAAGGUGUCAAAUGUGUAAAGAUCACAUACAAUAAUUCUAUACUGUGGAAUCAUACUGAUGAUCCUGAGUUUGGAUACCUGAAGGGUCUAUAUCUAGAUCUUCCUAAAGACCAGUUCAGUGUCACAAAUCUUAAAGAUCAGACAAAGCAACUUACCAAAGCUAAGAGAACACUUGUUAGCCUGGAUAUAGAGAACACUCAAAGUACGAAUCAAUUCUCGUAUACCGAUCAGAAUGGAGUUAUUACAUACAAGGUGAAGCCUGGCUGUUUGUUUGUUAAGAUAUCUAAGGGUACAAAGGAUGUCUGGGAAUCUAUUAAUAAUGUCUGUGGUAAGUUGGUCAGGACUAUGACUAUCAAUGGUGUUAAAUAUUUAGCAAUAUUGCUGGAUAAUAAUAUGUUCAAAAUCUUCAAAGAGUCCGAUGAUGAUUGGCAAGAUAUUACCAAAGAUAGUCAUGAUGUUACCAAACUUAAGUUCAUCGGAGAGAAUGAUCUUGUGCUUACGUCAUCAGACUACAAUGUCACUAUCGUCGACCUGUCAUAUACCUACAUAUUUAAUGAUGGAGUGAGCUGUAGAAAGGUGAAAUUAGGAGAAGAAGAAGUUUGGAAACAUAGUGACGAUCCUAAGUUUUCAGAAAUCAAGAAAUUCCGACUUGGUCUUAUAUCUAACAAUUUUUAUGUCCUUAAUAGUGAAAAUGAAUCAAAGAAACUAGAAAUCAAACCAACUCCUGAAACUGCAGGUGUGAUAACUAAAGUGUCUGUUACCAAACCUGCCAAACCUACCAAGGUAACGGUUGACAUCAAUGGGACUCAAAGUACCAGUGAGUUCGACUAUACUGAUCAGAAUGGAGUAGUUACAUUCACCGCUAAGCCUAGCCAUCUAUUCUCCAAGCUUGUUGAAGGUACCACGGAUAUCUGGGAAUCCAAGGAUAAUAUCUGUGGUACUUUGGUUAGGACUAAGGUUUCCAAGAAUGUUAAAUACCUUGUUGUUCUACUGGAUAAUAAUAUGUUCACAUUAUUCCAUCUGGAUGAUAAUGAGUGGAAGGAUAUAACUUCUGAUAGACAUGAUGUAACUAAACUUAAGUUCCUCGAUGAGAAUGAUGCUGAGAUCACCAAGACUGGUUAUACAGUAAGCAUUGUUGAUCUAUCAUUUACUUACAUAUUCAAUGAUGGAGUUAUGUGUAAGAAGGUGAAGUUAGGAGAUGACGAGAUUUGGAAACAUACCGAUGAUUCUAAUUUUGCAGAUAUAAAGUCAUUUUCACUUGGACUUGCCUCUAAUAGUUUCUUUGUUAAGAAUAAGUCUGAUGAAGUCAAGAAGAUAGAAAAGAAGGCUCCAGAGGCUCCUGAAGAGGAGGCUGAGCCUACUCCCGUUACUCCACCAGCUCCAGUUACCAAACCAGAAGAGACAGCUCCAGAGACUAAGCCCAAGGAGGAACCUGAAACUCCACCAGAGGCUCCUAAACCACCUGUCACUGUGCCUAUUCCAGUCACUAUUCCAGAGACUAAACCUGUCAUUUCACUUAAAGCUCCUGAACCUGAAGCUCAACCAGUUGUUACUCCCGUGGCCAAACCCUUUGCCCUUGAUAUUGAGGAGACUGAGAGUACUAGUCAGUACGACUACAGUGACAAGAAUGGAGUCGUUACCUACAGUGUUAAGUCUUGGCAUGGAUUCAGUAAGGUUACUCAAGGCAGUAAGGGUAUUUGGGAAUACAAGGAUCUUUAUGGUAGAUUGGUUAUGACCAAGCUAUUCAGUAAUAAUGAAAGAUUUUUGGCCAUUAUACUUUAUAACAAUUCUUUCAGGUUGUUCCGUAAGCCAGAAGGGGAUACUAGUUGGGAAGACAUAACCAACACCAGACUCGAUGCCACCAAAUUGAGGUUCCUAAGUCAUAAUGAUCGUGUAUUGAGGAAUGUUGACUUGACAGUUUCCUUUGUUGACUUCUUUUAUAGCUUUAACUUCAGAACUAUAUCCAAGUGUCUCAAGGUUACGUAUGGUGAUCAGGUUGUAUGGAUGCACACUGGGUAUACGGAUUUUUCAGAUAUAACUACAUUUUAUUUCGGUAUCAUUUCAAACCGUUUCUAUGUUAGGAACCAAUUUGGGCGAUUUAUGAAAUUAGAAAAGAAGCUUUAG